AUGGCGGAAGUCAAUCCACGAAGCAUUUCCCCUGCCCCACGCCUGGCGCAGGCGCAGAACUCUGCAGAGCAACCAUCAGACGCCGGUGCCAGAGAUUACCAUAAAGGCGUCACAUAUUCUCCAAUUCGUCAAGAACGUUCGAAGCUGAACGGUUCCACCAAGACGGACGCGUUGGUAUGUCCUUCUACAACCUCCGAAGCCACCGGUUUUCCUUUUGGGAAUAGUGUCGAUACCUAUGAGGAUGGAACAAACAGCACUUCAACAGAUGUACCGCGCCUGCGCGGCAUUGCACACCAAUUACUUUUACGAAGAGCUUCAGCGGAUCAUGCCAGCGGACCGCAAGACCAACCAGCGAAAUUUAGCUCGGAGGAUUCCAAUUUCCAAGGCCCACCUAGUGUCCAGUUCUCGCGUCCAGCAGUUGAAACCGAGCAGUCAGGUUCACAGUGGAGGUCUGGUUCAGGUAACAUUGCUGGUGAUGAGACUGUGAAUAGAUCUCGCCGGGGAGGAGCACUGUUCAAUAAGAUCAAGGCUUUCGCCAGCCCGCCUAGUGUGCAGUCCCACAAGAGGACAUCAAGCGGCUUUAGCCUUGGUCGAGACUCUGUCGACGAGCGGAAGGUCUCACAUGUCUCAGAGGGGGAUGAGCCCAUGAAUGUUACGUCAGGCGAGGGAGAAAGUGAUCUCGACGCUGAUGCAGAGGAGAGCACUGGAGAGGAUGAUACUGUUGGCUCCUCGGAUCGGAAAAGGCGGAAGAGUCGACGACCACAGGAUGGAAGGCCUCAGACGGCCCCCACGACCCCCAAAAUGAUGCCUCGAAACAUGCGGCCAGGCUUCUUGUCCAGUAGUUCCAUGACUCCAACAGGCAAACCUCGUCCCUCCUUUCUCCCACGAAGAGCAACCAUGACAGAUUUGCCCGCAGAAGGACGCCAAGGAGUCUCUGAGGAUGAAGGUCGCGACAAAAUCCAUCGAGCCAACGCUUGGCGCAAGGGUAGUGCAUGGGUCCAGGGUGCACGUGGGAUGAAUUAUGCAGGUAGCCGUAAGCAAAGCCAGCAACCUUCUACCGAAGAACGCCGACCGAGCAACUUGAGGAGGCUUACUGGUUUCGGAACAAGCAAUGACGGUACCGAAUCUUCUCCUUUCUCGCCAUGGAAAGGUCACCGAGGCGAGCGUGCUACAACAAUGAGUGCAGCGAAAUGGCGACAACUGAAAGCCGGCUUGAGAAUGAUGGGUCAACGUCGGAAAGCUGAGAACACCAUCGAUCAUGCCAAGUCUGCUGAGCUGCUUGCUGAACUCACAGCUGGCGUUCCUGCGGCGCUUAUAGUUGCGAGCAUGUUCCAAAGAGAUGAACAUGGAAACAAGCGGAUACCAAUACUGUUGGAACAGCUCAAAGUCAGACUGACGGACAGCCAGCAGGUCUCUUCGAAAUCCGGUGAACGUCACAUGAUUUUUCGAAUCGAAAUGGAAUAUGGCAAUGGAUUGACCAGGAUGAAAUGGGUGAUACACCGCGCGCUUAGAGACUUCGUAACCUUACACACGCGCUACAAGAUACAGAUCGGUGCUCAAAAGUAUGUCAGGUUGAAGAAUGCUGAUGCACGUACGAAGCUGCCUCGUUUUCCAAGGAGUGCGUUUCCGUAUCUACGGGAUGCGAGAGGUCUCAAAAGCGAUUCUGAAGACGAGGAAGACGGUGAGGGGACUGGUCCGAGUGGCGGUGAGGCAAGUGAAGCAGAACGUUCCAGCAAGAAGAAAGCACGCCCUUCCUUAGGGGGUUCGAAGCGAAAGUCAAGUGUUGCGAAUCUGCACGGCGGAGAGGGGUCUAGUGCUCCUGCGCGCAAAGACGCAUAUCCAGAAAGGCAACGUAAGAAGCUUGAGCUUUAUCUCCAGCAGAUGAUUCGAUAUCUCAUAUUUCGGCCUGAGAGUAAUCGAUUGUGCAAGUUCCUCGAGCUUUCUGCUCUUGGGGUGCGCCUUGCUGCCGAAGGAAGUUACCACGGAAAAGAAGGACUUCUUAUCAUACAAUCCGGGAAGGGUGUUGACUUCCGAAAAGCUUGGACACCGUCCCUGCUUGCAGGUCGUCAUGGUCCCAAGUGGUUUUCUGUUCGUCACAGCUACCUUGUCUGUGUAGACUCUCCAGAAGAGAUGAACAUAUACGAUGUCUUUUUGGUAGAUUCCAGCUUUCAAGUCCAGACUAAGAGAAGAAGCCUGCGCGAGCGGAAGCCUAAAGACAUGGCAAAGGCCGCAAAGGAAUCGGCGUCACAUCCAAAGCACCAUAGCUUGAAGCUGUGCAAUUCGGAAAGAAAGCUAAAGCUGCUGGCCAAGACUGAAAGGCAACUGCACCAAUUCGAAGAGUCGAUCAAAUGGAUGCUAACAACUACUUCUUGGGCCAAACCCAAGCGUUUUGACAGCUUCGCUCCUGUUCGAUCUAAUGUAUUUGCCCAGUGGCUAGUCGACGGCAGAGAUUACAUGUGGAACGUGUCUAGAGCAAUAAGCAUGGCUAAGGAUGUCAUCUACAUACACGACUGGUGGCUGAGCCCAGAAUUAUACAUGCGAAGGCCUGCCGCAAUCAGUCAGAAGUGGCGACUGGAUAGACUACUGCAACGCAAGGCACGAGAAGGAGUCAAAGUCUUCGUCAUAAUGUACCGCAAUAUCAACUCCGCCAUCCCCAUCGACUCAGAAUACACCAAAUUUUCACUUCUUGACUUACAUCACAAUGUCUUUGUCCAACGGUCACCAAAUCAAUUCCGACAAAAUACUUUCUUCUGGGCUCAUCACGAGAAGAUCUGCAUUGUUGAUCACAUAGUGGCCUUCGUUGGUGGAAUCGAUCUAUGUUUCGGUCGAUGGGACACUCCUCAGCAUUCAGUUGUGGACGACAAGUUGACCGGCUUCGAAGAGUCUGACGCACCGAAAGAUGCUGAUCACUGUCAGCUUUGGCCGGGCAAGGACUACUCCAAUCCCAGAAUUCAGGACUUCUAUGCUCUAGAAAAGCCAUACGAAGAGAUGUACGAUAGAUCCAAGGUUCCUCGGAUGCCAUGGCAUGACAUACAUAUGCAAAUUGUAGGCCAGCCCGCCCGCGAUCUGACUAGGCAUUUCGUGCAACGAUGGAAUUACAUCCUACGCCAACGCAAGCCAACUCGGCCCACCCCAUUCUUAUUGCCGCCACCAGAUUUCCAGCCAGCAGACCUUGAAGCUCUAGGACUAAAUGGUACAUGUGAAGUGCAGAUACUGCGGUCCGCCUGCUGGUGGUCGCUGGGGACGCCAAACCAUACUGAGCAUAGCAUCAUGAACGCCUACAUCAAGACGAUUGAGCAAUCGGAGCACUUUGUCUAUAUUGAGAACCAAUUCUUCAUCAGCAGCUGCGAGGUUGAGGGUACUCGAAUCGAGAAUAAUAUUGGUGAUGCUCUUGUCGAACGUAUUGUCAGAGCCUCGCAGAGAAGGGAAGACUGGCGUGCAGUCAUAGUCAUUCCUCUAAUGCCCGGUUUCCAGAACACCGUUGAUCAACAGGAUGGCACAAGUAUCCGACUUAUUAUGCAAUGCCAAUAUCGGAGCAUAUGCCGAGGAGAAGCAUCUAUUUUCGGUCGAGUACGCGCCCAAGGCAUCGAGCCCGAGGAGUACAUCCAAUUCUACAGCCUACGUUCCUGGGGCCGGAUCGGACCUACCAAGCAGCUCGUGACAGAGCAGCUUUACAUCCACGCAAAGUGCAUGGUCGUGGAUGACAGAAUAGCAAUCAUUGGUUCAGCGAAUAUCAAUGAGCGCUCGAUGCUGGGCUCUCGGGAUUCUGAAUGUGCGGCUGUGGUCCGGGAUACUGAUAUGCUCUGGUCAACUAUGAACGGCGAGCCAUAUCUCGUUGGUCGAUUUGCUCACACCUUGCGAAUGCGCCUCAUGCGGGAACAUCUCGGCAUUGCCGUUGACGAAAUCUUGGAAGAUGACCUGCAAGAGGAGAGGGACCAGAAAGAGCGACAGUGGGAAGACGACAUGAACAAGUUUCACAGCAAGGAGGCCAUGGAUCGUGAUACUGCAGAUAAGAUUCUAGAGUCCAAACAUCGAGCUCAGGAUGAAGCCAUUCAGAAGGCCGAGAGAAUGUCCAGCUUCAACUAUGAUGCUCCAGUGGAGCAGGCUAACAAUCCUAAUUUGAAGUCAAACAAGAAGCUCACCGUGGACCCUCGCAUCACCGACAAUGUGGAGCACAAGAAGGACGUCGCUGGAGAGGGAAUAGAUGCAUGGAAGCGAGAAGAGGACGCUGGCAAAGCUGGUCGUCGUGAUACGUGCCUGGUGUCUGCGAAGACUGGCGGCAAAGAGGUGCUGCUAUCGCCGGAAGAUGCCAACGCUGCAAAAGGUAGACCAACAUCACCGAACAAACAAGAUUCACCACGGAAACGGUCAUACACUCCCGUUGGUGACGACGACGGCAAAGGCAAUGCCGCGCUACCUCCACCUCCUUUAGCUCGAACUAGCACUGCAACACUUGGGCUAUCACAAACAUCAACGCUUCCUCCUCUGCCUAUGACCGACGAUACCGACAUUGGUGGACCCUCUAUACAACGGACGCCAUCGCAGAAGGCGGCUGAGAUCACGAACCCUCUCGUGGCUGAUAUGAAGCGACCGUUCGUCGACAAAGAUUGCAUGCGUGACCCACUCAACGAUUCUUUCUUCCUAGACACCUGGCAUACCGUAGCGGAGAACAACACCAGGCUCUUCCGGCAAGUCUUCCGAUGCAUGCCAGACAACGACGUCAAAUCCUGGAAAGAAUACAAAGAAUACUCAGCGUAUGCCGAGCGCUUCUCCCAAGCACAAGGUGGCGGCAAGAGCAAGGACCGAGUUCAGCAAGAUGCUCCCGGCUCUAGUGGACCUCCAGGCAACAUCAGUCUUUCUGACAAGCUUCGUCUACUAGGACCCAUUGGCGAGAAGGCCGGCGAAGCAGAAAGCAAAGCCGAGACAUUCGGGGAGAAAUUCAUGCAUAGCUUGGGCCAAAAGGACAGCCAGAAAGACAACCACUACAAAAACCAUUCCAUGGGAAAGAUCGAAGAGUGGGCCGAAGAAGCCAACAAGGCACAAAUUGCACGACAGGCAAUAGAAUCUAAAGACAAGCGCCCAAGAUCGCCCAGUGCCGCUGACACUGACACGACCAUCGACGAAAAAGCCCCCUUACGCACCUCCAAUGAGCUGAAGCAUGCUACAACCUUUGAUUCAGAAGCCACCACGAAAGUGCCGCCGCCGCCUUCUGUCGCCUACUCCGACGCCCUCAACCGUAACACAUCUACACAGAAACGGAGGAGAAGGGCAACAACUCGCAGUUCGAGAAGGGAAUUCCACGCCAGCGACGAUAUCAUCGAUCCUAGUGAUGCGGAUGACCUGAUGCAGAUGGUGCAGGGCCAUCUGGUGCUUUGGCCGUACGAUUGGCUGGCGAGGGAGGAGCAGGGAGGGAAUUGGCUGUAUAGUAUUGAUGGGUUGGCGCCUUUGGAGAUUUACAACUGA